AGUUCGUUACCAUCUGGAGUUAGUUUCAAGAGCAGUUGCUGGAGAGCAGUUCAGCAAGUUCCACUGAAGAAUCUGGUUUGUUUGUAACUUCCCCGAACACGUCUGGGUUCUAGCCAUGGCUGUCAGAGCCGUAUGCCUCAUCCUGCUCUGUCUACCUGCUUUGCUCGAAGGUCAAUAUGGGAACUUCUACCAAGAGCAAUCACAAUACGCACAGUAUGAAAAUCCUGAUGGUAUAGAUUAUAACUACAACGAUCCAUCAAACUUCCAACCCGAUUUAGAAACAAAUCCUCCAUCAGACCUGACAGAACCAACAGAGCCUGGCCCUCUUGAUUGUCGAGAGGAGCAGUAUCCGUGCACCAGACUGUACUCUGUACACAAACCAUGCAAACAGUGCCUCAAGAGCCUCUGUUUUUACAGCCUUCGCAGGGUCUAUGUGAUUAACAAGGAGGUCUGUAUCCGCACUGUCUGUGCACAUGAGGAAUUAAUGAGAGCUGACCUGUGCCGGGAUAAGUACUCCAAAUGCGGUGUGAUGGCCAGUAGUGGAUUGUGUACACAGAUGGCCUCAUCGUGUGUCAAGAGUUGUGGAUCAUGUUGAGGGGAGAUCAGAGGGGGAACGUGAGGAGCAUAUGGUGUGGGAGGGAGAUGGGGAAUCUCCACAUAUAUCAACAGUAUUUGCAUUAAGCAAUGUAGAGGGAUUUUUUUUGUUAUUCCCAUAAUUGAUGGUGCUGAGGGAUUAUCCGUAUAAACCUC